UGUAUUUUCAUAACAAUAACAUUAUUCAGUCGCUAGAAAUAAGGAGUGCCUUGCAAACGAUCGUGCUACUUUUGCAUUUGAUUUGAAAUAAUAAUAGAUACAUUUUACAAUAUGACUGAAAAAUUAUUAUUAGAGGAAAUAACAAGUUUAAAGGAAAAAUUGCGAGAAAAAGAAAAUAACCUUGCAGAAUUGCGGCGUGAAAAACAAAUUUUACAGCCACAUGGAUUAAAUAAUUCUGAAAUUUCAAGAUACAGUAGACAAAUCCUCUUAUCUGAAAUAGGAGUUUCAGGACAAGUCAAAUUGAAAAAUUCAUCAGUACUUAUUGUUGGUGCUGGAGGUUUAGGCUGUCCAUCGUCUUUAUAUUUAGCUGGUGCAGGUGUUGGUCAUAUUGGUAUUUUGGAUUACGAUGAUGUAGAAAUUACAAAUUUACAUAGACAAUUACUCUUUACAACCUUAGAUAUAGGUACAUCCAAAGUUGAUGCUACAGCAAGUAGUCUCAAAAGGUUAAAUGAUAACAUUAAAGUUACUCCAUACAAACUUCAAAUUAACAGUAAAAAUGCUUUGGAAAUCAUCAAACAGUAUGAUGUCAUACUGGAUGCUACAGAUAACGUAGCUACUCGUUACUUAUUAAAUGAUGCCUGUGUCAUUAGUGGGAAGCCUUUAGUAUGUGGAUCAGCAUUACAAUUUGAAGGACAAUUAACAGUAUACAAUCAUUUUGGUCCUUGCUAUAGAUGUAUUUUUGCAAAACCACCUCCUCCUGAAACUGUUAGUAAUUGCGGAGAUAGUGGUGUACUUGGAGCUGUAGUGGGAACUAUAGGUGUACUUCAGGCUUUACAAGCUAUAAAAAUAAUUUUAGGAAUGCCAGGUAUUCUUGCUGGAAAACUUCUAAUAUUUGAUGGAAUAGAUACAAUUUUUAGAAAUUUAAAAUUAAGAUCUAAUAAUCCAGAUUGUGCUGUUUGUGGUAGUAAUCCUAAAAUUCGUAGUUUAAUAGAUUAUGAAGAGUUUUGUGGAGCCAAAGCAAAUGAUAAAAAUCCAGAUUUAAAAAUCUUGAAUACUGAUGAAAGAAUAAGUAUUAACGAAUAUCAUGAACUUAUUAAAUUAUCCUCUAAACCUUAUCUACUGAUUGAUGUAAGAUCCAAUCAAGAAUUUCAAAUGUGUCACUUAAAAGAUUCAAUUAAUAUUCCAUUCACAACAAUAAGUGGCAAAAAUGGUAUUGAUAUUGUUAAAAAAGAAAUUGAUAAUAUGGAUGCAAAUUUAUGUGAUGUUUUUAUCCUUUGUCGCCGUGGAAAUGAUUCUCAAAAAGCUGUCAAAAUUUUAAAGAAAUCAUUUUCUAAUUCAAAUUUAAAAAUUAAAGAUAUUGCAGGAGGAAUACAUGCAUGGACGCAUAAUAUAGAUCCUAAUUUUCCAAUUUAUUAAAACAACAACAUUAACAAUCAACAAUAUAAAAACCAAUUUUAUAUUACACUUUGAACAACAUGUAAAUAUUAAAAUUAUAAAUUAAUUUUUCAAUUGUAUAAACAACUAUUAUAUAUAAAACCAUUUUAUUUAUUA